AUGGGUGCCGGUGCCAGUACACCCUCCCCUGAGCCUGCAGCAGCAGCAGCAGCGGCCGGAGUAUGCCCUGUUGAUCACAAAACUCGCGAGGCAUGGCUACAACAACACAAAGCGUCCGGAGGCGCUCCUCCUCACCCGAUGCCUGCAGAAGAUACCCAACAGAAGGCAAUGAUGCAACGUCCACUUUCCACCGACCGUGAGGUUAGCAGCAUACCGCGAGCAAUUGAUACACAGUCCCAGCCGUCAUCGCCCGCAUCAACCAACGCUGCACCAGCAUCCCCAUACUCCUUGCCGACUCCCUCUCAUGGUGCACCCUCAAAUGACGAAGCCGAAACAGGCCAUGACCCCAAUACUGGGAACUGGAUUUAUCCGUCGGAGCGGCAGUUCUUCGAGGCGCUUAUGCGCAAGGGCAACACCCCUUCCUCUACAGAAUCCGCCUCUGAAUUGGCUACCACUGUCGCAUCCAUCAUUCCGAUCCAUAAUGCGGUCAAUGAACGUGCUUGGCAGCAGAUUCUGGAAUGGGAGAGUCGGGCACCAAGCAGUGAUCCUGGCAGCAAGAAGUGCGGAGGCCCCAAGUUGUAUUCAUUUCGGGGUCUCGGCGUGGACCCUCAGUUCUUGAGUCCCCGGGCGCGAAUGAACAACCUCAUGGGUUACCAGUUGCCCUUCGAUCGACAUGACUGGGUUGUGGAAAGAUGUGGCGGCGAUCGUGUCGAAUACGUUAUCGACUUCUACCAGGGCAAGACUUCGGGAGGGGCUAGUGGCGCCGGAUUGGCCGCCAAUGCUGGCCCUGGCAAGUUGAGCUUCUAUUUGGAUGUUCGACCUAAGAUGAAUAGUUGGGAGGGCUGCCGUAUGCGGUUCAGCCGCUUCAUGGGUCUUUGA